UCUUUCACAGGUAUUUAUUCUAAACUCAAAGAUCCCUCAGUGCCUAGGGACGAGAAAUUGUUUUCAGCAAGACUUGCCUGGGACUCCACUGAUUAUGUGAUACCCAAUAAACAGCAAGUUCUCCUUGACUGGAUCAUCCAGGAAAUUUUCAAUGAAAGCAAGAAAGGUGCUAAGUAAGUACUUUAGAAAAAUGCUGCUUGGUUAGCUCAGUGGGUAGCAAGCUGGUCUGCCGAGCGGUAGGUCAUGAGUUUAAACCCCAGCCAGACCAACAACAAUGGUCUUAAGAAAAAAAACUGGUAAGAUCUUGCUGGCUUUGAUUUAAGAUGUUGCCGUAGUUCAGAUAAUAGCAUCUUUGGGCGGUGACUUUAGGCUGUUGGCUUUGUCUCCUUUAUCCUUCUUUCAUUAGUAAGAUCGAAGGGGACAAAAAAGAACCCAUACUUUUGAUCGAAAAGAGUAGGGAAAGUUUUCCCAGAGGUGUGUUCUACCUUUCACAUUUAAGCAAUAGAAAACAUUUUUGUGUUUGCAUAGCCUGAUAUAAACCCGAGAGGGGUUGGGAGAAUUCGAAAGGUUUGCAUAACUGUCGGAAAUUCUCCCAACCCCUUGAAAAAUGCAAAGCUGUUUGUUAUCAUGGCACUGAUCACAAUAAAAUUGAAAGAGAAAUUCUUACCAGUCGCGAAGUCUUGUACACGAAGUCUUGCACAGGUAAACAGUUCUUAUUUUGCAAAAAAGAUGCUUUCCAAAAUAUAGAUUUUUCUCGCUUAAAAUGUCAGCUUAAGCACUAGAAAAUUGACACAGCAUGUUCGUAAAGAUUUUCCAAGUUUCAGCUGAUAAGGGAAUGGGUAAGUAAAGUAAACUUGUCUAGUUUUCAACUAAAAAAUCUUCAAAACAUCUUGACAUCACAACUAUGUUUACAUACUCUCAUGCUAUCUUAGCUAUUUUAUAAAUCAUUCAUAUCAUGGGCUGGGUGGGUUACAGUAGGCUCAUACAUGUAAAUGGAUGAUAUUAGGGCCGUUUAUACGAGAGAAAAGCCGUGGCUUAUUUUCUCUUGUAUAAACGGCCCUAUUGACUGCUAGUGGCUUCCUUGUGUGCUGAUGUCCAAGCUUACUGUUAACAUGUUGAUGAAUGAUGUAAAGAGAGCAUGUCUGUUGUCCUCUCAUCCACGUUUCAUUCACUCAUUCAGGUAAAGUACUAUACACAGGUCAGAUGUAUUUAUAAAAUUCCUGAAUUGCUUAUUACUCAGGCAUACUGAUUACAAGGUAUACACAUCUUUGUGGAACUUACUUCGUCAUGCUCUUCAGAGUCAGCAACUUGUUUCUCAUGCAAAAAUACCUGUCACACUUAAACCCCAGCUUGUCCAGGUUUGUCACCAAAUCUCUUAAAUCGUAAUUUGUGUUAUGUAACAAAAUACAUGUAAUAAUACAUUGUAUGUGUUACAAGUGAAGGCAUGCAAUCUGCAGUGCUUGAUAUGUGAUGAAAGUAUCAAAAUAUUUGACGAUCUGUUCAUAUUGCCCUUCAGCAGUAUGUUUGAAACUAAACAUUGUACAUGUGAGACCUUUAACUGCUUAAAUAAAAAUGAAAAUCUGAUCUUUUGCCAAUCAAUGUGUGAAUGGUGUCAUCAAGGAUAAGAAAAUGUUUUACGUGGAGCUAUAAUUAUGUAGAAGAAAAGAAAUGUUGUAAAGUAAAAUAAAAUAUUCAAAAAUUGUAAGAAUGGGCAAAAGUAUGUAUGAAAGGUAUGAAAUAAUUUAUUUAUAAAAAAUUAUCAAUUUGAAUAAGAUACAACAAUGUAAUGAGUGUGUGUCACAGAACAAAGAUAAAAGGUCUGCAAAUAAUUAUCUGCUGCAUUCCUUGUAAUUUUGUUCAUUGUUUCUAUCAGGUAUUUACAGAUACGUUUUUGUGUCAAGAAACUGUUUGGGAAGAGAGCUUUGUAGAUAUUGUUACCAGCUGCUGCUUCACUGUUUUGUCAAAUACUCAGCUGGCAUCCUGUUUGCUGUCAAAGUUUGAAGGUUAUGUAAGUGGAUAGAACUUUAUUUUUUUGCAUGUCGACAAAGGAUUGAAUUUUGCACAAGGGAAAAAUGUUUCCUAUUUGGAUAUGAUAUACAUGAUUGUACAAUGUACAGCUGUAUGUCUGACCAAGUUACCAUGUUAUUAAAACACUCACUGUGUUGACCUUCAUUUUCAUUAUUAAUAAGCACAUGACAGUUUAUGAAACAUUCAAGUUUGUACUUUCUUUCAGGUGACAUUUUUGUCAGCAUUGCUAUCUUCAUUUGAACCAAUAUGCUGUGAUUCACUAAAAGUGGUCCAUCAUUUAGUUGAAGUCUGCUUAGAAAAUUAUCUUCUUGUGCAAAGGCAGCAAGCUAACCAACGAAAGGUGGGUGUAAAUCGCAAUCUAGCCCUAAAUUAACCAAGAGAAGUACAGUAUGUGUAGAUCAUUAGGGUGUCCAGGUAUGAGGAAUAAUUUCUGGUUAUUGAUUUUGGGGGUGGAGGCGGGAGGGGGGGGGGUUGCAUUCAUGUAAGAACAAAAUUUAAAUUCACAGUGAUUAGAUCCUACACAAUAUGGCUUCCUGCGGCUCGCAACCCAGCAGGAGUUUUGCUGCUUUCACCUGCCAAAUCUGGAAUGACAGGAUGCUACAGAAAUUGCAAGUCAUCAGUAAAGCCUCAAGCUUAGCCACUUCGACCACUGUGCCUAAUCAGACGAUAGCACAAGGCAAGACAAAAGCCUUUCUUUCUGAUACUAAACAGGCUGGUAUACAACUGGACCAUACAAGAAAUCUCACCUCGCAAUGGUGGGUUAGCUGACGUCAGACGUCUGACAUCAUACCUCUCUCAUCAGACAUCUGACAUCAGACAUCUGUUAUCAGACAUCUGUCAUCAGACGUCUGACAUCAGAUGUUUGACAUCAGACAUCUGUCAUCUGACAUCAGACAUCUGUCAUCAGAAAUCUGAAAUGAGACGUCUGACAUCAUACCUCUGCCAUAAGACGUCUCACAUCAGACGUCUGUUAUCAGACAUAUGACAUCAGACGUCUGACAUCAACAGACCUCUGACAUCAGACAUCUGUUGCCAGACAUCUGUCAUCAGACAUCUGACAUCAGACAUCUGACAUCAUACCUCUGUCAUCAGACGUCUGACAUCAGAAGUCUGUUAUCAGACAUCUGUUAUCAGACAUCUGACAUCAGACAUCUGUCAUCAGACAUCUGACAUGAGACAUUCGUCAUCAGACAUCUGACAUCAGACGUCUGACAUCUUACCUCUGUCAUCAGACGUCUAACAUCAGACAUCUGUCAUCUGACAUCUGACAUCAGACAUCUGCCAUCUGAUGUCUGACAUCAGACACCUGACAUCAGACGUCUGACAUCAUAUCUCUGUCAUCAGAUGUCUCACAUCGAACGUCUGUCAUCAGACAUCUGUCAUCACAUGUCUGACAUCAGACAUCUGUCAUCAGACAUCUGGCAUUAGACAUCUGUCAUCAGACAUCUGACAUCAGACGUCUGACAUCAUACCUCUGCCAACAGACGUCUGACAUCAGACGUCUGUUAUCAGACAUCUGUCAUCUUCUGAUGGGCUACUCGUGUGGGCAAGAUGGCCUAUCUUGCCUGUUUGGGGUCACCUGCUUUAUCCUGCUCGAAAAGAUUAUGAUCUGGCCAAAUCAAUACUAAAUUCUUUAUUGUUUGGUCAAGAUGGCUGAAUGUCUUGUGGGAGCAGAACCGUCUUUUGACUUCUUUUUGAAUGAGUUUCCUGCAGAAAGAUAAGGUUGGCCUUUGUUUUCGACACCACGUAAAGAUCUUUCACCUUUUACGAAAGUUAUUUAUGGCCCUUACAUUCAGUGAGAUCAAUUUACAAGUGUCCAAUACCAUCUUGAUGCAUCAGUGAAAGAAAGAUGGGGUUGAUGAAGCUAAUCAGAACAAAGAAUGAAGCAAAAAGAGAAAAGGAAACAUGUACUGUACAUUAUGAAACAACGUGUGAACCUUUGGGCUGAGUACCUAAAAGAAAAGUAAAAAGAACUUACAAAUGACAGUAUCCAUAUUAAAAGAACAGCAUAUCACGUAUAAGUUGAAUAACAUCCUAAUUACAGCACAAAAAGCCGAAAAUUGUAUAAACAAAUAUCAAAGAAAUCCCGAAUACUAAACACCCAAAACAACUUGACACUGAAAAAAAGGGAAAAAAAGAUGGCCUGAGUAGCCCGUUUUCGACUUCUUCUUGAUUGAGGAGGAGAAAAAGAGGCUCUUUGGAGUUGCCGCAGCCUGAACUUCUAGACUGGUCGAUCUUGUUUUUUCUGGUAAAACUGAUUUUUCAAGGGGCGAGCAUCUGUUUACUGACAAAGCUGAUGGUCACGACCGAGUUGCUUUACCAAGUGCACUAUUAUUAGGCCUGGGUUGAAACUGAAUCCUAGUAACAUGCAGUGCAUGCUCAACAAAGAUCUUACUUGAUUCAGGUAGAAUCUUUCCUAAGUACACCUAAAUCGAGCAAGCGAAGGAAAGGCUUCACUGGUAGAGUGGCUGAAUGUUUGCCUUUUUUAAAAAACAUUUUUCUCGUUUUUUUUUUUGUGGGGUGGAGGGGGGGGGGCAUUUUUAUGAACCUCGACUAUAUCUUGGACCCUAAAAAUGCAAAUAAAAUAAAACAAUAAUCUAGAAUAAAAUAUGCAGAUGAACCAAAUUAUAUUCAUUUGGCUGAUCAUUCGUGGGAAGGAUGACAUUUUCUGGCUGGUGUGUAAUGGUAACAAUACAUACAUAUUCUUAUUCCAGAAUACAGCUGACUAUACCUAACUAUCAUCUUUCUGAAAAUCAAUAGGUGUUUGCUGCUAUGUGUCAACAGCUCUUUGAACCAUUAGCCAUCCUGUGCCAUAAGUUAAAGGUACAUGAAGUAGAGUGUCAAGGUGAACUUGGUGAUGAGCAGCUAAAGAAGGAAAGACACAUCUGUCAACUGGUGGAGUUAGCCCUGUCAAGAUCUCUUUUUCAUUGGUAAAAGUUUCCUGAUAAUUUUGUUAACUUGUUCUUCCCAUUGUUCGUUCUAGUAACAUAGUAAUAAUUAUUCCUCGCAAAGCAAGGUUAUCGGUAAAAAAUUUUCAAAAGUCAGGUCGUGUCGGGGUUGCUAUGGUUGGUGGAAUCUCGGCUGCUGUUUAAAUAUAAACAAGACAAGAAUUUUAUUUGUACCACAUACAGAAAGAAAAGACAUUAAAAGGGAAACUACUUCUGUAUGGUACAAGCCUCCUAGAAAAAGCUAAUCUAGCUAGGAGGCAUUAUAGAUUAUUUAAGAGGUUGUUUCAUGAAGGCACUAGUAGAAAACAAUUUGAAAAACAAACAAACAAAUAAACAAAGAAAAGAAAAGGAAAAAAACGCACAUGCACAGACUUGAAUCACUGAAAAAUUGAGGAACAUUUCUCAAUUAAAUGACGUGAUAAAAUGGCAAAAAUCACACGCGUGAGUGACUGGUGAUGAUUCGCGACGGAGCACAGGAAGGAGAAAAAAGACAGACUCGUCAAUUUUAUCCUUCCUUUUUUCCUUUGCACGCAACUGUACAUUGAAGGGAACGAGGCAGGUACAUUAGGUUGUUUGUAUGCUGUUACCUAGUAACAAAACCAUGGCAAACAACAACGCAUGCCCGAAGCUGUAAUUUACAAUCAGGAACUAAUGCCAGCCUAUAGGCCCUUUGCAGCUAGCAAUUCACGUGGUAUAAAACAGCCGUGCUGGCGAGCAAAAGUUGCACUGGGACAAGACAAACAAAAGGCCAAUGUCAUUUAAAAUUUUAUUUCUUAUGUUUGUCUUGUCCCUUUGAGUCUCUGGCUUCCCAGAACAGUGGUUUUAUACCACGUGAAUGGCUAGCUGCAAAUGGCCUAUUGCUCUACUAAUUGUAGAUUUUGACCAGAAAACUGCUAAACUGCACCGUAAGUUCAAAUGGCCUUUUCCGGCUAAACUUCUAUGGGUAAAUGUGUCGAAACGAAUACUGACUUUGAGGAAUGUAGGUUUCUGUGGUGUAGUAGUAUAGCUGUCUUCUUUGGUCAUGCGAUAGAUUCUGUGGAAUGUCUUUUUUGUCUUUUUCUUUCUUGGCUUUUCUCUCCUUUUUUUCUUUCUGUUGGAUCCUUUCCUCAAGCUUCGGGAAGUUCUGCAAGACACGUAUUUCUAGUUUUAUACUACAUGAGAAAUUUCUUCAAUUUGAUUGGCUAAUACCAGUGGUAUUUCAGCUUAAUUUGAAAUUCCCACAUGUGAACAUUACAAAACCUUUACGGGCAGUAGUAUAAACAAAUAAUAGAAUGAUUUGUACGUGAUAGUGGGCAUAAAUACCACUAGUGAUAUUUCAAAAUUGUCUCAAAUUACGUAUAACAAUUUCGAAAUAUCACUCGUGGUAUUUAUGCCAAAUAUCACUACAAAUCAUGCUAUUACCUAUAGUAAUCGUCAUCUUCGUCAUUAUCCUUUGCAUGUAAUAGGGAUCAUUUAGCAGAGUAUCAGCAAGCCUUGAAAGGAGUGAGAGAGGAAAGGCAAACAGAGUCUCAAGAACCCUCCAAGAAAAAGGCCAGGAUUUCCAGCUAUCCUAAACUGCUCUUUGACAAAUUAUGGGAAAUGUCGUUGGAUUCAGUUUCGGCAGUGAGUAAACAUCUAUUCCUUUUUGAUAAAAAAAAAAGAAUAAUUGAAAAUAAUAAAAAUCCAAAUGUAAAUAAAAAGAAUUUAAAAAACCCUCAGAACUGGCUACAUGUAUUUCAAUGUUUCUAUAACCUUAAGAAUAAAGAUAAGCGAAAAAAGUUUAACACACCGUUUCGAUAUCGCCAUUAUUAAGGGACAAAGAUAAAACUAAAAACUGACUUAAUAUAUACAGUUUAAAGUGACAAAAUAAAGGACAGAAGUAAUAUGUUUGUUUUGUUUAUUCUUAAGUGUUUAACAAAUUUAACUUGUUUCUAUAACCUGCCAGGAUCAUGAAUCUCCAGCUUUAAAUGUCUCAUUAUUUUGCUGGUUUAAUACAUGCAGGUAAACACGGUGCGUGCAAUGAAAGAUGUCAGAAGGAAAGCAUUAUUGGAACUACUCCCUUUCCUGUUUAAAGAAUUUAUUACCUCCAGUAGGUUCGUAAUGCUCUUUAUUUUUGCUUAUUUGGUUUAGGCCCUGUUCACACAUAUCCAGAUAUUUUAUAUUUUAUGUUUUCAAAAGCGGUUCCUAGCGUGGAGAUUUUUGAAAACGCCGGCUUCUCAUUUACGUGUGGACGGACGAAAACAGAGGUUGUCGAAAGCGAAAAUACAUGUACUAGCAUCACACAUGCUCUUUAAGGGAUGGUAUGACAUUCCCAUAGUGUUAGCUUUUUCAUGUGGACGUGCGAAAACUAUUCAAAUACGCUACACGUGGACGCGUAUUUUUUUGAAAAUGGAGAAAAAAACAUCCGUUUCCACAAAUAUCGGCGAAUACGAGUGAACAGAGCUAUAAUUGAUAAUUGAAGAUGUUCAUGUACCAAACCAAAUAGGGGAAAUCAUUCCCAAUUUCUCGAACGGUAACCCUCGAUUUCUCGAGCCGCUAGUACUUGCCGGUUGGCAGUCGACCUCGAUGCGCCUUACCCCAGGUGACAAAAAAAAACACCUUGAUACCCAACCAGGAUAACCUUCAAAUAACUCGAACCCAAACUGAUUUCCCUCCUUAGUAAUUUUACCCCGAUUAAUUUUGUUGACCUUGCUAAUAAUUGAAAAUGUUUCUUUUUUCCCUUGAGCCGAUUUGAAAAAAUAUAAACAGGGAUUAGAUUGUAGUUUGAAAAUUGUUUUAUUUCCUGUACAGAAAAAUGAAUAAAUCGACAUCUUCGGCAGAGUUUGACUUUUUCACUGAAAUGUGUGAGAUUAUGGGUGUGUUAAAUGGCGGGUGUCAGUCAUCUGUUUGCGCCUUACUCCAUCAGAUGCUGGAAUGCAUAGUUUGGCAGGACGUUUAUCAGGUGAGUAAUACUUUACAUUUUGAUAAUGUAAUGCAUGUAUGUGUCAAAUAAAUCCCUGUAAAAUCCCUUAGUACGGAAUAGUCAGCCCGGAAAGAAGGUUAAAAAUUAAAAGUUUUGACUGAGUACUCUCUAGUUUUGCACUUACCGGAACAACACAACUAAGCUAGACAAUGUUGUAAUAAUAGCUGGAAAUUUUUUCCCAACAGCGCGCGCUCUAAUUGGUUACUUCGAGGUCACAUGACAUCUAACAAUGAAACUGUUUCCCGCCAAUUGCAAAAUCUAUGACGUCACGACCGCCGUUCAAAAAUUUCCAGCUACAGCUGUAUGUAACAAAUCAGUUUAAGACUGGUCCCUCGGGAAGCAGUUAAUUUUGUCUCCCUCGAAUCUCAAUGUUUCCCUGGGCUCUGCCUCGGGAAUCAAAAUUAACUGUUUCCCUCUGGAGCAGUCACUAAGUGUUUAUUAUUUUCCUGCGUCUUCUGGACAGAUUAUAUUCAAAUGCGCCCGUAAUUACAAAAUAUACGUUGCUCCUUGAAGCCCAGUCAAUGUUCUCUGUACAUUGUUUACACUGUUUGAUGAUCAUUAUUAUUUCUUAGGUAGCAAAUGACAAUUCAAAUGGCUGUGUACAGUUCCUUUGGCUUGAGAAGUUGGUAGAAGUUUUAAUUCACGAAGCCGAACUUUGGUAAAUAUUUUAUAUCUUCGCACAAGACGUCAUUUUGGAGAUUUUCCCGCUAUUUUUGUAACCCAGACGGGGGUUUCCCUUUGGGGUUUCUUGGUGACGUAAUACAAAAGAUAGAAAAGACACUAAACAAUACCCACAGCUCAACACAGUACCCACAAUGCCCACUCUUCAACACAAUAGCUCACUUACAAUAGUUUCCGCAACAACAAGAAACCCUUUAUUUGGCCUAAACGGGUAUCUGCCAUCCUGAGUUCUUUAUUUUUGUUAUUGUUAUUCAAGCGAUGCAGUUUUUAGGUGCCUUGAUGUCUUCUUGAAACUUAAUCACUCCUUGCUCGAGCCACGUUUGGAAAUUAUUUGGAAGAUGCUGUGGAAGCCGGAAGAAUAUGGUGCUCAACAUUCUUUGAUUUCUUCUCUUAUCACAACUUAUGUUAAAUUACGUCAGGUAUGUAAAGCAUAUGAACGUAUCGCCGUUAAUGUUGCAUUUAUGACUAAAGUGAGUUAUUUGAUUUUGUAGCAGUUAUUCCCUCAAGUCGUUUUUCCUAACAAAAAUGUCUUUUGUUUGUGGCUUUUGUUUUUGUAGUUUGAUAAACUGGUUGUCGCAAUUUUAACUUCAUUAAGAACCCUGGAGUCUUCAUCAUUUGGUCUAACACCACCGUUUAAACAGAGGCAAGUUAUGUUGCUUUUUUUUGUUUUGUUUGUGGUGGUGAUGCUGGAGCCAGGCCUCGUGUGCAGGAUCUCUUGGUCCCGUUCUAAGAGACCCUGGGAACAAGACUGCAGUAAAACCAGCCUGGCUCUGGAUGUCGACUUGCAAUCCAGAGGUUUGGGUUCAAGCCAUGCCCUGACCACAAGCUGAAGUCUAGUUGAUUAUUGGCCACUAGUUUAAUUUAUUGGGCACGCUCUUAAAACGCUACCUGGUUUGCUUGGUGCCAGUUGGGAGAUUUAACCUUGUUUUGAACGAUAUUUGAAGUAUUUGUUUAUUUGUUGUUCGUGUUGAUUUUGUUCCAAUGUAAAUUCUCGGAGCGAAAAGUUGUUUAUUUUCACUAGAAAUUUAAACAGUGUAGAUGGAACCUUGUACCGUUGGCAGCCGGGUGAUGGUUUUAACAACAAGUAUUCACUCAUACUAUUUGUUUUUGGUUAUUGUUUUUUUCUUUUUUAAAGCGAUAAUGAUAAUAACAGGAUCUUUUGUACUUUUGACAUUGUAUUUUAUGGCAUGGAUUGAUAGGCCUCCAUUUUAUCACCUACCUGUAUUAAGCGAAAGCGAAAGUUUAUAACCAAUUACACGUUUUCCCUAUUUCAGGUUCACUAAAGCCAUACAAGGGCUUCCAUUUGGCCAAAUUACGUGUAUCUGGAACAUAUUCUUGGAGGAAAUUAAAGAGAACUACAUAAAACAAUUAGAAUCCCUAAGUGAACAGGUUUUGGCAACAAAAAAGAACAAGAGGAAAUCCUCGCCGCAUUUUUUAAUCAUUUAUAGGAAACUGGAGUACGUCAUGAGUAUUUUUAAUACAUUUAUUACAAACAUUGGUUUCGGAGGAAUUGGAGAGGAACUGAAGACGAAACCGUCUGUGAUGUCUAUAGAAAAGUUUUUGCGGCAAACAACAAAGGAGGUACUUGAGCCUAUGGCACGGCUGGUGUCGCAAGCAAUCAGUCGCGCGGUAAGUGCGUAUAUAUUCUGGGUAUAAAAUCUUGUUUGGUCCCUCCCCGAAGCUGGGAACGUUUCGCGGAAGUUUUGUAGCAAAACAGGCGUAGACGUCUCUCUUGGGAAACGUUCCGUCCAGCGACGAGGAAAGCUAAGAGGCGACUGUAUUCGCAGCAGGCUGGCGAGUGCGUGUAUCAGGUAGUGUAUUACUGCCUAAGGUUUAUAAUAAUUGUGCCUGAUUUGGGUAUGUAUGAAAUCUUCAUGGAACAAUUUAAGUUCUGGUAAACUGACCACCCACCCCUCCCCUUAGCCAACAUGUUGAUUUAAGUGAGAAGUAAAUGUUAAUUUUGACUUAGGGGAGGGGUAGGAGGUCAGUCGUUUAAAUUGAUCUUCAAUAACGAAAGUUUAAAUUUCCCGAUGUUCAUUAUCUUUUUGCCAUUUACAAGCAGGGCCGAGGAUGUAAAUUCUAGCCUACCAAGAAAAUAAAUCCAGAUAGUAACCCUUUGAACGAAGGAGACUGGUGUCUUGUAUUUGUAGUAACGUUGUUGUGGAUGUCCUUGUUGUGGAUGUCCUGUGUAGGGAAACUUGAACUCUUGACUACCAUUAGUUAUAAGCUUUCUCUUUUUCAUCCAUUUCUUAACCCCGACCGGCAGGGCUUAACUUGAGUACCGUUUAUACCACACCGAGUUUCGCGAGGCUUAUUGCGGAUACGUAUUUCUAGAUAUAAGCUUUCUCUUUUUCAAUUGUUAAAACACGCUUGCUUACUUCCCUUCUCUCCAGGAAAAAGAAUCGGCCUUUUUCAGUGUCUUACUGUUACAAUAUUCCUUGGGAGAACUGGAACUGUUUCUAAACAAGUUUAAUCUGAUUAAAGAAGACGCCGAACAAACCAAGCUUCUGCCGCCAUUGGUUUGGAGUGACGAGUGCAGUGACUUUGUACCGACAAAAGCCCAGGCGACAGUUAGCGACGAAGGAAAACCUGGCCGGCUCUCUUACCUUAAGGUCUACACAGAAUGAAUGUGCAUCUGCACUUAUAUUGUUAUUUAUGUUGUUAUUGCACUUAUGUUUUAUUUCAUGUACAGUGAAACCCCGCUUUUAGGGACAUCCUCUUAACUCGAACACUUCAUUAUUCAUCCUGCUUGAUACGGACAUCCCGUUAAAGGGACAGGUUCACGGUUCAGCGCAUGCUCAUUUAUCAAACUGCUGUUUUUCUGCCGGGACAUGCUGUAUCGUCUGUGCAAGCAAUAUGAUGACAAAGAACCAAUCUGCACACUCCCCUGGCAGUCACUUGCACUUGAUCAACUUAAAUAUUUGCAAAUAGCUGUAAAUUAAUCAACCAUGGAAUAAAACCUUCGGGUCAACGAUAAAUUCAACGUUGGUAGUGUUGGCGUAAUCCACUAAUUUUUUUCUGCGAUUUUAGUACUCCUCCAUCCUACUUUAGGUUACCCUGAAAUACAAUUCUACUUUGACAUACACUCUGAGAUCGUUGAGAUACAUGUGAGUGGGAUUAUUGACCGAUAGAAUUAAUAACAAAUUGGAAAGAAGUAAUUUAAUUAAUGAGCAUGCGCUUAACCGUGAACCUGUCCCUUUAAUACUGACACUUUCUAUGGCCCCCUCAGUGUCCGUAUUAACCGGGUUUGACUAUACUGGCGGGCUACCCGAGCGGACAUGAUAAGCCUAUCUUUCCCGCUCGGGAUCUCCCGCCAUUUCCCUCGGAACGGAAAAGUUGAAAAUUUGCACCCGACGUUCGAAACUCCUUUGCGGUGGUGAAAUUCCGUUAUUUUUUCUUAGUGAGUUUCAACUUAAUGGCCCCUAGCAUGCAGUUGUAUCAGCAGGGUUUUUACGGUACAGUGUGAUUUUUUUACAGACUGCGUUGUGUGUUCAAAACAUCAGAUAUCUUCUAUUCAAGAGAACAGAGGUCGACGAGGAACUGUAUGAACGAACGAGACUGGUGUCCUGUGUUUGUAGUAACGUUGCCGCGGAUGUCCUGUGCAAAGGAACUUGGGAUCGAGAGGUGUGUUUCUCAUCAAUAAUUAUCUCUUCACCACUUUCGCAUUGCCCAUGUAACACCAUAAAAUUUUUCAGUCAUUUCGAUUAAACUGGUGAAAUAAAUCGGCCAUGGAGGGGAAAAGACACUAAUUUCCCGAGGGAGGGGACGCGGUGCAACUGGCAAGACCUCACGUUUUCGACUUAUCAACCUUGAAGCCUCUAGUAGUAGUUUUUUUGACCAUAUUUGUGUAUCAUUUUCAACAGGUGUUGUCAAUUGAUAAAGAAAAUGCUCCAGUUGCACUCUGGGAAUUGUUUUCGAGACACGCUGUUGUCAUUCUUCCUCUUUGUACUGCUGACCAGCAGCAAAAACUUGCUCACUUGCUCGUUAGAAGCAUCACACAGGAGACCCAAGCAACUAGACAAGAAAAACCUGGGUAUGCUUCUUCCAGAUAUUUAGUGGCGAUUUGUGAGCAAGCAAGUGCGUUUUCAUUACAGAUGGUGAUGAAUUCUUGAGUUGUUAUGAAAGAGUGACAUGAUGCCGCAAGUACUUAUUCAUUUCUCAGAAGGAAGUUUUCUUAAAUGAACUGUGUCACGAAAUUUAUCCAAAUUUAAACAGCAGGAAAUGUCAUCAAAUUGAGUGAAACAAGAAAAUAACAGCUCAAAACUUUAAAAAAGGGGACGGAUGGGCAAACUUGAAGAAGAUUAAAACGGAUUAAAAUUGUGGUUUUAGAAAACUUGUUAGCCUAAGAGCUUUCAAAGUUCAUUUUUGUUGUUUGAAAUGUUUGAUACGAUUGGGAGACAUAUUUGUUUGACACGAAGUUGUGAUUCGCUAGCGUUAAUUUUUUAUAGCGAAUAAGGACGUGUAAUUGGCAUUAUUAGCAACCGUAGCCUUGCCCCUUUAAGUUUUCAGCAACUCUUCCUGAAAGGGGAAAUGAGAUGUUUACAAGAUUGUUUUACGACGAUAUGUAAAUUCCUUUUGACUCGCCCGGGUUUUACCACUUUGAAAAGGGAAGGGUAUUAAACGUACUUUCCAUUUCAAUUAUAUUACCCAGGUAUAUCGCAAUGUCUGAUGUUUCCAUGGAGACGAUUCAAAGUACUGCUUUUCACGAGAUGCUUCCAAUGCAGACGACCACAGUCUGUGCUCUUUGGAGCCAACUGAAGCAGGCUACUGAUUCUAAAUGGUUGGUUUUCUCUUUUUAUACUACUUCAUGAGAAAUUUCUGCAAUUUGAUUGGCUUAGUGCAGUGGUAUUUCAGCAUAAUUUGAAAUACCUACAUGUGAAAAUUACUAACCUUUUGCAGGUAGUAGUAUAAACAUAUAAUAGCAUGAUUUGUAUGUGAUAUUUGGCAUAAAUACCACUCGUGAUAUUUCAAAAUUGUCUCAAAUUUCACUCGCCUAACGGCUUGUGAAAUUUCGUAUAACAAUUUCGAAAUAUCACUUGUGUUAUUUAUGCCAAAUAUCACUAUAAAUCAUGCUAUUACCUAUAGUAAGUCCAGUAUUUCCACUCCAAACUAGUACAUAAUGUAACCUCGGUUAGUAACGUCUGCGAAGCGGCGCCGAGAUCCUUCUUCUGGGCCCCAACGGACUCAACGAAUUACCGGAAAUGCGUUUCGAAUUUCCUUUCAUUCUGAUUGGCAAAUCCACAGUGGCUUUUUUAACAAGCCAACCAUGGCGCGUACUCAAAUCUUAGUACACAAGUGUAGGCCCAGAACAAGGAUCUGAGCGCUGUUUCGCAAACGCAGAGGGACUUAACCAGAGUUUAGUUCGUCUUUGGCGUAGGCUAUGCCAAAAAUGCCAGGAGCCUUGAUAAAUCAGAGGCUUCUGAAGAUGGAAUCCUUAAUUAUAAUACUGAAGUUCUUUGACGAAGUUUAAAGAACUCUCUAAAUUUAUUUAAACUUGCAUUCAAUUCGUUCUUAUGAAAUUAACGAAUUACAGACUUGACAUUUUUAGGGUGCGAUUAAGACUGAGUCAGUGCCGUAUCGAAAUACACUAUAAAGCUGUUUUCGUUGAAGAAUUUGGACCUGCUCAACUUUGGGACAACUACUAGACCCUAGGACGACUGCGGGGAAGGAAUUUAACUUAAGGUUCUCUCACGUCUUCUCUCAAAAUAGACACACCGGAAAGCUUCAUUUCACUUUUUUCACCAUAAAGGUUAGCUCAGUUAUUUUCAUUGAAGGGGGUUAGGCUCUCUUCGAUCGCAAAAGGGCAAAAAUCGAACGUUUGAUGAUUUUUUUUCCGCCACUACGAACCCGUCAUAAAAAUAUUGACAACGGCGCUGACAAGCGCGCGCUCGGAAAACCUCGUCUUCGUAGUCGUCCUCGUUUUAGAAUCUAAAGUGCUAAUGAAAGAAGCGAUAGUGUCCCCAAUAGCCGCCUCAUAGUGCAAUAUGACACAAUAAAGACUGGGGAUGUUUACCAUUUACACAAACCAUCCGGGUAAAAACCUUUUGCGUAAACAUAAAACUAAAAAAUUUGACGUGGUGGGAGAACAACCCGCUACAAAAUAUAUCGAAAUCAGCUGAACAGACGAAAAAGAGUGGAAAAAUUACAUCGCCCUCAAAUCACAGCCCAUAUUUUCUGAAGCUUCCCAAUCGGAAUAGCACGAAACAUUUGAUUUUCCAACCGGAAUUUAAGGGAUUUCACUUUUCGAAAUAGAGACUAGUUUAUAGGAUUCAGUAGGGAUUUGGGGGCCUUCACAAAUAUUUUGAAAAGAGUAAAUCGAUCUUGAUCGUUUGCGUUUUCCUCUUAUUUCUCGAUUUUACUUCUUUGACUUUUUUUCUCCUGUAGUACUUCAAAGGGUUUAGGCAAAAGACUGUUGAAAGCUCUCUCUGAUAUAGUGGCCAUAGUGGAUAUCUCAACCGCUGAAAAUAAGCAUCAAGGAAGAAAUUUUGAGGAAAGUAGUGACGAUGAUUCCCCCAUCGAGGAAGAUGAAAGUUAUGGUGGAGAUGAGAUGGAAGAAGAGGGAGGAGAGGAAGUUAAUGACGGCGCAAAUGGUAAAUUAUAUGUUUUACUUCUUUAGAAAAAAAAUAAUAAAUCACUGCGUUGCUCUCACGUGUCAGUAAAUUCUCUUUGCGACCAACAACAGUACUUUAAAUUGUCCUAUGUUUUGAAUGCUCUUUUGUCAGCCCAUUCCUUACUAGUGCUUAUGCUAGAAAGCAAUUUUUUUCUCUUGUUUUAGACGAUGAUAGUUUCGAUGAAGAUAUUGUUGACGAAGAGAAAGUGAAAGAGACGGGAGAAAUUGAAGGACAAACUGUAGGAAACUUAAAGGAUUUUUAUGCACUUGGUUGUGAGCUCACUGACAUCUCAGGAAGUGUUCUACUUGCCGAGGAUUCUGUCGUCAAUGUGUCGGCUGCCGAAUCUAAGCGAAUUCUAAAGGUAAACCUCCGGGCACUAAACGCCAAAACUGAUGGAAUGCUCGAUCACGAGUACAUGUGAUCUAUCAAACACUUAAAACGUGUUUCUUUCGAUGUGUACUGCCCAUUUAUUCCAACCGACUUUGGGAUUCUGAGUGCUUUCUGCUGUCUGCCAAUUUAUUCCCUGUUGAAACUUUUCCUUUUAUUUUGCAGGUUCUUGGGUAUCUGCCUCUUGAUUGGCUGUCAGAUUGGAACCACGCUCGCUGUUUGACAGCGCUGUUCACGUGUGACAUUCUUUUUACUUCUGCAGUUCUUAAGGUAACUGCUGACUGAAUACGCAUAAACCGCGGGCUCCCAAAUGUCUUGUUAUCAGUUAACCACCGUUACUUGAUUAGCGGUAAGGGCUCUAUGGUAUACUCAAGAAUUUGGAUACGAACAAUUGUUGACGGGUGUUAGUAAAUAGCAUCCCAUUCUCUUUAGACUCGGUAUAAUGACGGACAAAUUCAGUUUUGUCGAAUGUCAGUUCGUAGGCGUGUGCUUUGGUUUCUGAUCAACUGUGAGAUCAUACACAAAUUAAUGUCCCCGAACAGCUGGCGGUAAGCUUAGUCUCUAUCCGUGGGCGUACCGAUGCGCCCCCGGUACUCCCCUCUGCGGGGGAAGGGUAGCGCGGGCGCAUCGAACACUCACGUCUGGAGACUGAGAUUAAGCUUGGCUGGCGUUCGAAUGCGUCGUUGAUAGCCUGCAUAGCAGGCGCUUGUUGAAAGUAAUAGACGCAAGAAAGAAGGGGGCGCGCGAGGGAGACACGCGAGGGGAGAGCUCCCUCUCUCCUCGCGUCUCUCCCGCUCCUUCUCACAUAUUACUUUCAAGCACGUGCUACGCAGGCUUGCUCGCUGAAUGCCACGCCCUAAGGUAGAUAUAAAAACAAGAUGGCCGCCCGUACCGGUAAGCGCUCGAUCCUGUAGUCUGCUUCACAGCCGUUCUUUGUGUCGCCACGCAAGGAGCAGACUGUCAAUCCUGACGAUCUUCAGGGAAAAUAGAGGACUGAGAAUAGUCUAUUUCAUACAUUAUUGAUCGAAUAUUUGUUUUGGGGGCAGUCUGAGUUUAUAGUUGAGUGUUUGCCUUAGCGGGUCGCUACGGCAACCACAGUUUUUUUAUUUAUCUUUUUUAAAAUAUAACACUCUCAAUGGAUCGUACUCUUUUACACAGGUUCAGUUGAAUCAGCAUUCUUUUUCACAGUUACCUCCGCCUGUAGUCGCGUUUUUAUAAUUGCAUAGGUCUAGUAAAAUCUGUUAGUGUUAAAAAUUCAUUCUUGCUUUUAUUUAUUUAUUUUAGUCAAAUAGGCCAGCUAAUUAAGCAAAGAUGAAUUCAGUAAAGUGCCCAUUAUCUCAAUAUCGUCACAACAACAAAGGGGAAAAAUGAUUGUCACGCGCUGGAAUUAAGGGGAAAGGGGGAGGCGGAACGCUCGCUCUCGCGCGCCCAAAUUCCCCCUUCCCCUUCCUUUUAACGCCUUCCACGCAGGGCUAGCAGCCUGCUUGAGCAACAUACCGCAUCCCCUCCUGUUUUUAGGUUGAAUUAAAUUACCUUUGCGGUUGUGUUAUGUUUCAGGAGUGCUCUCCUGAUCUACUGAAGACGUUGCUGUGGAGCCGCCAGCUUCUUAAAGCGCUCUUUGAUGGAUGUGUCAGAAGGCGAAGGUUCAUAGCUCAUCACCUGAUCGAUUUCGAAUCUCUCUUACACUGGUGUUUUGGUUCGGCUACCAAGCUGUGGCGAAAGUGUCUCGAGGUUAGAACAGUCUUCCUUUAA